AUGGUCGAAUCUCUCAAAGCUAUAAAAUACAUCGAUUCUGAUCAUUUCUUGGUAUCACAAGGCAAACGAGCAAUUGAACUCGUUGGUGGAAAGGAAAGUACCAUUGCACAAGUGGCACGAACCACUGUUGGCAAAACUUACGAGCUCGCAUUUUAUGUAGGAGAUACUAGCAACUCUAGUGAAGGAUCCAUGAUUGUUGAAGCAUUUGCUGGCAGAGAAACUAUUAAGAUUCCUUGCAAAUCCAAGGGCAAAGGUGGGUUUAAACGUGCUAUGCUUCAUUUUGAAGCUAUUGUGAGGGGAUUAAGGAUAGUAGAUGAUGAACUCCUCUACGGACGGUGUACUGCCGCUGCUCCGAUACCUGAAAUGGUGGGAUUUUAUCCCUAA